GUUUUCAUUAAGUGUGUAGUCUGGAGUCUGGAGUCUGGAGUCUGGUGCAGCGCUGGUCUCACCAUCCAUCUGCUGAAAUAAAAAGUCUCCUUCAAUUCUAUGUUAUCGUUCUUCUUUUACUCGCCUUGUUAAAAGUUGUUGGAAUUUCAAUUUCCCAUUAACUUAAUCUCUCGUUUCUUCCUCCAUUGUACAUCACAUACAAGUUUUUCUUUUUUUUCCUUUUACUCUGAUGAGAUCUCUAUCCAUGGAAAAACUCAUUGUUGUCUAAGGUUUAUAUUUCCCCUCUUUUUUUCCUUCCAAUUCAACAUAUUAAGGGUUUCAGCAAAUGGACAAAGAGAAACUUCCAGGAGGUGGUGGAUUACCGCCUACGGCUACUGGUAGAUUCUCGCCAUUCCCUCCUUGCUCUUCAUCGUCUUCUCCUUCGCCUCAGCAGCAACCAUCUCAAACCACGUCGUUUAGCCAUGAUUUGAGCCGAAUGCCGGAUAAUCCGCCCAAGAAUAUGGGUCAUAGAAGAGCUCAUUCUGAGAUUCUUACUCUUCCUGACGAUAUAAGUUUCGAUAGCGAUCUUGGUGUUGUCGGAGGUGGGCCUGAUGGGCCUUCAUUGUCGGAUGAAACUGAGGAAGAUUUGUUUUCCAUGUACAUUGAUAUGGAUAAGGUCAAUUCUGCCACUUCGACUGAGAUUCAGGUGGGAGAGACCUCUUCCGGGCUCGGGCCAAGGCCGAGGCAUCAGCAUAGUCAAUCUAUGGAUGGUUCUAUGACAAUUAAACCAGAAAUGCUUGUUUCUGGUGGUGAAGAGGCUUCCCCUGCUGAUGCUAAGAAGGCUAUGUCUGCUGCUAAGCUUGCUGAACUUGCUCUUAUUGAUCCUAAGCGCGCUAAGAGAAUCUGGGCAAAUAGGCAGUCAGCUGCAAGAUCGAAAGAAAGGAAGAUGCGAUACAUUGCAGAACUAGAGCGGAAAGUCCAAACAUUGCAAACUGAAGCAACUUCUUUAUCUGCUCAAUUGACCCUGCUGCAGAGAGACACAAAUGGCCUUACUGCUGAAAACAAUGAGUUAAAGUUGCGUCUACAGACAAUGGAGCAGCAAGUUCACUUGCAGGAUGCACUGAAUGAAACAUUGAAAGACGAGAUUCAGCAUUUCAAAAUGCUGACUGGUCAAGCUAUGUCCAAUGGUGGAUCUAUGAUGAACUUCCCAACGUCAUUCACGGGCAGUCAGCUGUUCAAUCCAAACAAUCAGGCAAUGCAUAAUUUACUAACUACGCAACAGUUCCAACAGCUACAGAUUCAUUCACAGAAGCAACACCAGUAUCAGCAGCACCAACUUCAUCAGCUUCAACAACAGCAGGAUCUGACCCAGCUUUCUCAGCUGUCUGGCGAUUUCAAAAUGAGACCUUCUAUGCCAUUACCGAAAGAAAAUGCUUCAGAAUCCAGAGUACCAAAGGAUUAAAGGUCAACAAAUGUGCGGACAUAUUCUUGUUGUAUUUCUCGAGCAGGUCCUACAUUAUAGCUUAUCUAGUCGCAUAAAUUACAGGUAAAAAACUACAGGUUUGUUUACAUUGUAGGCAUUGUAUUUUGGUAAUUAAUUAUGAUGGGUCUCUUCAUGUAGGUUGUAGUUAUUUCAAGGGUCAUAACUUAGCAUUUCCUUAAGGGCUCCCUUUUUAUAGUUUAGACGAAAUUUGUUUUUACUUUACAUAGUCGAUUGAACUUCUGGUGUGAUGGUGGUGGCCAAGUCUAUGUAGAUGUAAUUGUAGUGAGCCAAAUUGGAUUUGUUAUUCCAUUUUCAUUCUUUUUACUGUAACUUCUAACUUUAAGCUACUAUUUUUUCACCAAUUUACUAAUCUUUUCAAUACUUCUCUGAGUGUUUGCAAAACUGACUGAUUCAUGGAUGUAUUUAGUUAAAAGUUAUUGGGUGAAUGUGAUUCAUUCAGGUUCAUUGGCUAGGACAGUGAACUGAGUCAAAAUCGUAAGCUGCUCUAAAUCUGAACUUUCUAAAUAAUUGAGCCUUUUUUUUUUAUUUAAAAAGGUUUUAGGAAAUUAAUUCUUCAAAGUUUGCUUCUCUUCAUCUGUGCCUGUGAUAAGCAAUAAGUCGUUUUAAGUCGGUUAGAAAAGAUUGGGUUGUUCUUACUAACAACGACUCGUUUAUAAAUAAGUCAAAAAGAAGUCAACAGCAAAUGGGUCAUUGUUACUAACGAUCUAUUUGUGGUCUAUUGACUUACUUUAGCUAUAACUUUUUGUUCGGGUCUCAUUUGAGGCGUAUAAUAUGUCCUUGGAAAGUUCUUGAAAUUAUCUUUAUGAUGACACUAGUCGUGCACCACCAUUCUGUAUUGUAUAUCAAACUUGUGACCAAAAGUAAAUAUGUUAGAUUUUCCCUCAAAAUCGUUGAACGUUUGAGUCUUUUCGACUCAUUUCUUCUUGUUAAUGCAAGUACCAACAUUCGUGACAAUGACGUUAACUUUAAACAUAUUAUCGAACAUGCCUUAUCAUGUACAUUAGAGGAGGAUGGUGAGGAUGAGUCGAGUUGCGUUGGUUUAAGGUUUGGAACGAUACUUGAGGUGCUUAACGUGGGGCAAAUGAAACUUCACUAAUGGUGGGAACCAUGCUUUGAACGAGUCAAGGCAUGGAUUGAACGUUGCUUGAGCAAAGCAACAAGAAAAACAAUAAUGAGGGGCUCGACCUGUUGCUCGUUCGAGCUGCCUCGUGUACAGCCAACAACAGCUUCUGAACUCAGUGCUGUUCGAGCACAUGCUUGGCUCGUUCGAGCACUUUGCAUUGGACUCUGUUUCUGGUUUUUUGGUCUACGUUUGCAAAGAAUGGGUGCAUUACUUUGUUGUUUAUUGUGUUGUUUAAUGUCAUACUAAUUGGCAUGCUA